AUGGCAUUAUUGUUCGAGAACGGCGUUGGAAUUGAAGAAAAUUGCGGCGAAACUUUCGGGUUGAACUUGGACUUGCUGGGAGAAUCUAGAGUGAUGAUAAAGGCAGCUUGUGAGGUAGAGAAUCGUGAAGCGGAUUCCGGUACCAGCAGCCCGAGGGACCUUGGAGAAUUCGGUCAAUUGAUGGACUACAACAACUGCGAUUCAACUUGGAAUGUACCAAGAUCUACAUCCGAAACCAGUUCAAGAACCACUAGCGAAUCAUCAGAACCUCAGGUUCCCGUACGAACCAGAAGGAUCCGAACGGCCUACACCACCGAGCAGCUCUUCCACCUGGAAAAAGAGUUCCACUACAACAAGUACCUGUGCCGUCAGCGUCGCAUCCAGCUCUCCCAGUACCUGAAUUUGAGCGAGAGACAGAUAAAGAUCUGGUUCCAGAACCGCAGGAUGAAGAUGAAGAAAGAGCAGCACAACAAGUCGACUUUCCUCCAAAACGGCCUGAAGCAAAAAUCUCCGGCGAAAUCGGAGAACGCGGACAUUGUUAAUCGACUGAUGAACCACUCGGCUUUGGUGCAAAAGAACCAAAUCGUCGUUAAAGAGCAGCCCCAAGAGCAAAAUGCUGUGCAGGUGAAUUACAACGCGCCUGAUGAUUCUCAGCAAGUAAGAAAUGAGGUGGUUUAUCAGAAUUAUCCUCCGCAUUUGUACAACAACCAAUACUACGAAUCAGGGUACUAUAAUUACAAUAAGGACAAUGAGUAUCAGUUCCCAAAUAAUGUGGAUGGUUUUGCAAAUGAUUUGUACACUCCUAAUAACGGAGGAAAUUUCCCGGUGUUUUACAACACGCAUUUUGUGCAAAAUAAUACUGUUGAUUCUAAUACAACCGCUGAAGGGUUGAUUAGUCUUUAA